AUGAAUGAAACAGCUGCACCGGUUGCAAUUCCACCUUCAGUUGUUACCUUAAUUGAAAAGAUAAUUGCUAUUGAUGUUUUUUCCAUUGUCAAAUAUCGCAGUGUUCUCGGACGUGAAACGCUUCUCAGUGUCGCAGGUAAUCCACCUGUAGUUGGACCUGUAAUCGCUCAACUGACUCAGGAAGAACCCUAUGGUGCAAUACAAACACUCGCAACAAAUGUACAAGUGAACAAUGAUACAAGUCACGUCAAUACAGAUAAUGUACAGCAAGCAAAAUAUCGUGAAGUAGCAUUAUUUGUAUUAACAAAAAAUUUUGGUGGUGUUAAAAUAUCAAAAAAUGUAGUAAUAUUAAAUAGACAAAUGUAUGCAUUAAAAGCAUGGGCUGAUCGUGCGCGAGAAAAAUGUUAUCUAAAAUUGGGACCACAAUAUAGUUCAUUAAAAAAGAGACCAAUUAAUGCUGGUGGUCAACUGGGUUAUAAGUUAUUAAUUGACGGAUUUAAUAAUGAUUUUUGUGAUUUUUAUUCGACAGCCGAAUAUGCAAAGGAAAAAGCACGCACUGUCUACUUUAUAGAUGAUAGAGAAAAAUUUAAAGCUAGACAAAUGGAAAAUCAACUGAAAAGUUUCAAUGUUCUAACUACUUUACAAGCUAAAGUUGCCAAUCAACAAUUGUCUAGAGGACAAGGUGGUGAUGCAAAUGUUGCCUUAGCAACUAAAACCGCUGGUAAAAAACUUUGGAAUAAAGUUACUGGUAUUUAUAAAUUAGGAACAUUUUUGCUUCGAAAUGCCAUAAGUCUAAUAGAAUCGGGAUUAAUAAGUGAUGGUACAAGUGAACGAAAUGAAGCGUCGCCAGAUGAUGAUAAUACAAUAACAGAUAUUAAUGAAGCUCGUCCCGAGAGUACAAUGCGAUUGAACAGACAAAAACAACAGAAAUCCUCUCAUUUAACAUUGCCAUCACCUUUAUCACUUCGUCAACAACGAAGUCGGCUGAGUAGUGGGAUACAAUCGGCACAAUCUUCAGCACCAUCCGCUUAUAUACCUAUUAAAAUACGUUUUUUCACUGAUCGUUUUCGUCUUAUCAAAGAAAUGAUGUAUAAACCAGAUAAAGAUGGUCGUACAUUGAGACAUUUGAGUGGAAACGAAUGGGCAAAUGUCAAACGUCGUGAAAAUGUUUGGCAUACACAACGUAUAAGUACUGCGGCUGUACAAACAAAACCAAUUGAUCCAAAUAUUGCUAGUUUAAUUGCUGAAAAAAAUAAACGUAAAUUAGAUAUGGAAGAGAAAAAGAACGAUCCAAGGAAAAGAAUGAUCAUGAAAAAUGAGCAAAUGUUUGAAAAGAACAAGAAUACAACACCAAUAUCAUAUAACAAAAAGCCAGGAAAAACAUAUCAUGGUGGUGGUCGUGGUCGACCAUCUAUAUUACCAGACAUAAAAGAAAUGAAAUUAUUAUUACCUAGAGAAAAAAAAGAAAUUGAUUAUCAAUUUCUUUUACGUUCUGACGAUAAGAUAUGUAAUAAACUUAUUUUUGAAUAUGAAUUAUCGUCAAGUUUAUCAUUGUCUGAUUGUGCUUUGCAAAGUAUGAUUGAAGUAACAGAUUUUUGUCGAAAAUCCUGGAUCAAGAAGGUUAAUUUAGGUAUUGAAUUUGCUAUUAAUCACAGUAAACGAACAUUUGAUAUAGCAAACCAAGUACACUAAUAGACAUCAUUUAUUACACAAUCUAUACAAGCCAAUCCUCUUAUAUUUUGCUUGAUCAUGACUUAGUUUGUUAAGGCCCCGCACCUCGGGUCAGAAAUGCCGAUUUUUCGUCAAAACUAUUGAUUUUGAGAAAAGCACAUGGUUGGAUAGCCCAAAGUGUCUACUUUCUAAUGGCAUAAUUUUUGUGCCGAUAACAUAGGUUUUGAGCGAGUUUUCCAGAAGCCCUAUAGAACAAAAAAUGGCUUGGUCGGGUCAGGCUGGGCCGAACUUAAAAGAAUUUUUAAGCAUGCGUGGAUUUGUAAUUUAUGUGUAUACUCUCAUUACCGAGAAAGCUCAGGAAUAUAAAUAUUAGCUUGAGAAACACAUUUACACCGCUCAGCCAGCAA